GGUAGGAAUCAUUUACCAAGCAGGUUGGCUGAGAUAUUUUUCUUCAUUUUACACCUCCUUGUUUGAUUCUAUGCAAAUAUCAAACUAAGAAUGGCAAAAAUGAGUCUUUCUUCCUACAUAUUGAUACUAACUUUUGUCUUGUUUUCUCAAGGUAUUUUACUUUCAGCAUCCAAGUCCAUAAGAAAUUUAGAAGAUGACAUGGUGUUUAAUACAUUUAGGCUGGGGAAAGCCUUCCAGAAGGAAGACACUGCCGAAAAAUCAGUUGUUGCUCCUUCCCUGGAACAAUAUAAAAAUGAUGAGAACAGUUUCAUGAACGACGAAGAAAACAAAAAUUCAAAGAACACAGGCUCCAAACAUAAUUUCUUAAAUCAUGGUCUGCCGCUGAACCUUGCUAUAAAACCUUACCUUGCACUAAAAGGACCUGUAGCCUUUCCACCUGAGAAUGGAGUUCAGAAUACUGAAUCAACACAAGAAAAGAGAGAAACUGGGGAUGAAGAAAAUUCAGCUAAAUUUCCUAUAGGAAGGAGAGAUUUUGACAUGCUCCGGUGUAUGCUGGGAAGAGUCUACCGACCUUGUUGGCAAGUCUGAUACCUGAUGGUCCAAAUCAUCUUUCCAGAAGAAAAUAAAAGCAUGUAAUUGCCAAUGGGAGGAAAGUCCUCAAUGUUAUUAUAACUUGUGUACUAUGUUUAAUGUCUGUUUUAAAAGAAAGUAGUGUCAAGGUAUAUCAGUAACCUAAUGAUAUGCUUUUUCUGUGCAUUAAACUUUGUGAAAAUUCUGCAUAA